AUGGGGGCGGGGGCGGAUCCGGACGCGGACGACGAGAACCCGUGGGAGCUGUUCCGGCACUACGACGAGCUCUACUUCCGCGGCGCGCUCGCCGACGCCGGCUUCUCCGUCGAGCGGGCCGCCCCGCGCACCAAGACGAUCACUUCUUUCGGAUACUGUUCCCUUGGAGACCUGAGCAAAAUAACACUCUACAAGCCAAUGCCGCGAUAUCGCACAAAUGCCAAUCUGAAGAACGCCCUGCUGCAUCUCAUGAUUCAUGGAAUCGUAUUUGUAAAGCGUGGUCUGACGAGCCUCGGCCAUGGUCCUGCAUUCCGUGAUUGGAUGGAUGCGAUCAACACUAGCUCCGUCGACGAUUACGCGAGACCGAUAAGUGGCUACUGUAUCACCACUACCCAUGAUUUCAGUCAGGAAAAAUCCUGCAACAUCCAGGGCUCUAUGUGGAAGUGUGACAAGUGUGGCAAUACACUUGUGAGGGCCAAGAGCCUGGGACCUCCAUCUGAUUCCUGCUGUAUCGAGAAUGUUAGCGAAGAUCCAACCUGUGGCAACAAGCUUUGUCACUGGCACAACCACAAGAAGGGUUGUCGUGGUAAAUACGUGGUGACCAAACCAGCAGUGACACCAGGACAAAAGAUGGCUCCAAAAGGUACGCUGCGGCUUCGGACUGAAACAACCAAAAUGCCCAAGUCACAACAAGGAGCUGUACAGCAGUCGUAUCCAGAUUCAGACGAAGUGCAGGAGAGUAGCUCCUUGAAGAAGGCACGCAAGAGAAAUAUGCCUGAAGACUUUCAGAAAGCAAUUGUUUUGUCCGCUGCCCCUCAGAGAAAGCCGAAGCAAGAGCUUCUCGCAUGGGCGAAGCGCGAGCAUUUGCUCAGCAGCAAUGCAAAAUCACCGGGCAGCAGCCCCUCAAAGAAGGCAGAUGACUCUCAGAAGGCAAUUGUUCUCUCUGCCGCCCCUCGGAGCAGACGGCUGAAACGGAAGCAAGCAUCGGUUACGUCGGAGGAGCAGGGGUUUUUCUCUCCAGGGAGGAGUUGCAACGACGCAAACUCGCCGAGAAGCAACACCUCCAGGAAGGACGUUCAGAGAUCCAGUGUGCAGCCUUGUGCAUCUCAGAAGAAACUAAAGCUAGGGCAAGGCCUGGCCGCGUUGGAGAAGCACAUUUCCCGGCCUGCUGCCACUCAAAGCACGGUCAAGCAGCCGACCAAGACCAGCUCCUCGAUGAAGACACGGAGGCAGCAUCGGCCUGAAGACUCUCCGAGAAUAACCGUUCAGCCUGCCGCCCCUCUGACCCGGAGCAAACGGAAGCAAUCGAACCGGGCUGCGCCGGAGAGGCAGGCGGCGAGAAGCGAAGCUAGGGGCUCUGCCGAGGAGAAAGAGUACGUUUGCUUCAGCCUGUGGCAGAACUUCUACGAAUCGGAGUGCUCUAGUGGAUCGGCCGAGCCGCUCGUGAACAAAAGAACAGUGCGGAGGAGAAGGGAGAGGGAACGCUUGGUUCAGAUAGCACGUUCGCGCUCCAUCGAGGCCCGGCCGGAUCCGGAUGAGGAGGUCUCGUCUGGACAAACCGAGCCACCGGCUCUGCACUUGGAGGUCAUUGCUAUCGAUGACGAGGUGAUGGCUGAAGCUCCAUCCAUGGAUGUUCUUGCCCCUCCCGCUGAUCAGGCGGUGGCUGAAGCUCCUGGAGCUGGAGGUCAGUCCCAGCCACCAGCUCCAUCCAUGGACAUUGCUGCUGUCGCUUCUGCUGGCCUCUACAAGCAUGGACAUUGCUGCUGCUGUCGCUCCUGCUGA